AUGGGGGAGAGCGGGGUGCCCCCCCAGGUCCAGCUCUUCCUCCAUGCCUGCGAGCAAGGCGACUGCGAGACCGCCCGGCGCCUCUUGGGGCUGCCCGGCGGCGGCGGCACCGCCGACCCGGCGGCCCCCUCCUCCUGCGGCCCCGAGGAGGCGGCGGCGGCGGCGGAGCCCCGCGGAGAAGCGUCGGCCCCGCCGACCCCCGCCGUGCCCGUGGACUGCACGGACGAGGCCGGGAACACGGGGCUGCAGUUCGCCGCGGCGGGCGGGCACGAGCAGCUGGUGCGGUUCCUGCUGCGGAAGGGCGCCUCGGUGCAGAGCAGGAACCACUACGGAUGGAGCCCCCUCAUGCAAGCGGCCAGGUUUGGACAUCUAAGCGUGGCUCACAUCUUGCUGGAGAAUGGUGCUGAUCUCAAUGCACAGAAUAAGUUAGGAGCCAGUGUCCUCACAAUGGCCUCCAGAGGUGGCCACGUCAGCAUGGUGAAGUUGUUGCUGGAAUCUGGAGCUUUUGUAGACAAUUACGACCAUUUCAGCACAAACGUACUUAACAGCAGCAGAGAUGACCUUCCCGAUAUCACUCCACUGAUGGCAGCUGCUCAGCAUGGACAUGAGGCAGUGGUACAUCUGUUACUGGACUGGGGAGCUGAUUGUAAUUACACUGUGAAGACGAUGGGCUGGAGUCCUUUAAUGCUGGCAGCCGUUAGCGGAAAGGUGAGCUUGGCACAGCAGCUCAUGGAGAAAGGUGCCAAUCCUGAUCACCUGAAUGUACUACAUAAAACACCUUUUGAAAUCUCUGUUGGCUUCAAACACAAAGACAUGAAGGACUACCUGGAAUCUCUCACAACGAUCAGACCUCAGGCAGAUACAGAAAAGAGGCAACCUGAUGUCUUUCAUGCUCUGAAACUGGGAAACUUCCAGCUGGUUAAAGAGAUCAUUGAUGAAGACCCAAGUCAGGUCAAUAUUACCAAUGUUGACGGUGCAUCUCCAUUAAUGAUUGCAGCUGUAACUGGACAGCUGGCCCUUGUUCAGCUCCUUGUUGAGAAAAGUGCUGAUGUUGAUAAACAGGAUAAUGUUCAUGGCUGGACAGCACUGAUGCAGGCCACAUACCACGGAAACAAAAACGUUGUGAAGUAUUUAUUAAAUCAAGGAGCAGACGUCAAUCUUCGUGCAAAAAAUGGAUACACAGCUUUUGACCUCAUAAUGCUGCUGAAUGAUCCAGACACAGAGCUUGUAAGGCUACUGGCAUCAGCAUGCAUGCAAGUAGACAAAGAUAAGAAUAAACUGAACAACAGAUCAUCUUUGCCUAGUUCCAGAAGCAGGCAAUCCUUAAAUGUCCCAAUGUUGCCAGAUGACAAAGGAGGUCUAAAGUCCUGGUGGAGCAGGAUGUCUAAUCGAUUCCGCAAGCUGAAGUUGACUCAGACAUUGCGCCAUGGAUUUCCUUCCAAUCAGUUUGUGCCUUUUCCGGAUGAGCCUGAACCAUCACUAAAUUCUACUAUAAAAGCAGUUUCACAGAGUGAUACGGAUGCCCCUGGAAACCUUGAUGCUGCUACAGCUCGGAUCACAAAUAACAAAGCUAGUGGUGCAAACACUGCAAAAGGAGGAAAGGAUGAUGAAUUAUUGACAACCAUGUUGAGAAGUAGUGCCCCAUUUACCAGGCUGCCCAGUGAUAAGCUGAAGGCAGUGAUACCACCUUUCUUACCGCCCUCGAGCUUUGAACUUUGGAAUUCUGACCGAACACGACUCAGCAAAGAUGGAAAAGCUGAACAGAUGAGAACUGCCUGGCCGCAGAGAGCAGUCAAGCACGAUUUUAACAGCAGUGGGAACUCUGAUAUAACAUCUGUUAGCAAAGGUACUAGACCAGUCAAAUUACCAACAUUUGCAAGAAGACCAGCAUCUCCUUCGAAUUCCAACAACUUCAAUCAUUCUCCUCAUUCUUCUGGUGGAUCCAAUAACAUUGCAGGAAUUAACAGGCAUGGAGGAGAACUGCAUAACAGAUCAGGUGGCAGUGCAGAUAAUGUUUUGUCUCAGAUUGCGGCCCAAAGAAGAAAAGCAGCAGGCUUACCUGAGCAGAAACCCAGCCAACAGCACAGUCCAGUCCAGUCAACUACUUCAUCCACUCUGUCUGAUUUGCAGUGUGCUCAGAUUGUUGGCAAUGGACAUGUAAAGCCAAAACUGGAGAUGAACAAAAGACCUCCAUCUGGGACUUCAUCUACGUCUAAAAGCACAUCACCAACUCUCACACCUUCCCCAUCACCUUCCCCAUCUCCUAAGGUUCAAAACGCAGAGUCUUCUCUCUCUUCUCACAGACAGGCCAAAAGCAACGGUUCCAGCAGUGGUACUAUUACAGAAGAUGGCAACCACUUGGUGGACCAUCAACAGCUUGUCCCUGUUCUGAGAAGCAGUGAUGUGGAGAAUCAUGAAAGACGAAACCAUGUGAGAGUAAAAGGAGGCUCUGAAAACUUGGAGAAAGAUGAGCUGACUGGCAUCCUUAAAAAAUUGUCUCUUGAGAAAUAUCAACCUAUUUUUGAGGAACAAGAGGUGGAUAUGGAAGCCUUCCUUACCCUUACUGAUGGUGACCUGAAAGAGUUGGGUAUUAAAACUGAUGGAUCAAGGCAGCAAAUUUUGGCAGCUAUUUCUGAACUGAAUGCAGGAAAGGGUCGAGAGAGACAGAUUUUACAAGAAACUAUACACAACUUCCACUCUUCCUUUGAGAGUAGUGUUAGUAACACACGACCACCAGGUCAUUCCCAAUCUUACUUCCCAUUCUCAGAGUAGUCAGCAUGUGUGGGAACUUCUGGAUGCCUCUUGAUAACAUCCCAGACUUGAAGAGCCUCUUCUGUAGGUACCACUAGGUGAGCAGAAGCUGCCAUUUGGGAUUUGAUAAUAUGGUGCAAUGAACUGGAAUUACUCAAGAACCGAAGAAGCACAGAGAUGUAACGUGUCUCCAAGCAACUUGCUGAGCUUAAUCACUGAUCUUGAAUGUGUCUUGAAGACAGCAAAGGGCAGUAAUGGUGGAACAGAGUUGGGGAAAACAUCCUUUUGUAAGAAUGGAAGCAACAGUUGCCCCUGCUAACCAUUUGACAGGAUGCUGCAAGGAGGCUGCCAUGAGAGAUCUAGCUUUUGGGUUUUUGUGUGUGAGAGCUCCGUGAUACAGAUUUGUCUGUGAAACAGCAAGAGAAGCACUAACAGAGAAGGAAGAGGAAGAGAGCAUGUAGAUAAAAGAAGUUUCUGCACCAGGUAAGCUGCUUCUUAUUGUAAAAAGUAGCAGUGGGACCCUUAUGCAGUCUCUGGAACUUAAAGUAAUUUCAAGGAAUGUGUAAUAUUUCAGAGCAUAAGAGCAGCUGUACCAAGUCAGAUCCAAGGUACAUACAGUUGUGUUCAACUUUUUCAUCCAGUCUCAUUCGACACUGAUGUGAAGAGCUGCUUGCUUUCAUUUACUGUGAACUUGACAUGUCCUGACUUCUUUUGCUUCAUCUUUUUGGAUCAGAAGACACAGUGGGCAAUUGUUUCCACUUCGCUGCCUCCAUGCCACUGAUGAUUUUACAAAUAACAGUGAUACUUUUCCUCAUUCAUGCUUUUUCUAGAUGGAAGACUUCUAGGCUGCUUUAUCAUUCUCAAUACCAUAGUUUUUCUGACCUCUUUUUCUUUUCUACUAUAAUCUUUUCAGACUUAGGAGAUACCAGUCUAGCAUACAAUAUUCAAGAUGUAGGCAUAUUACAGAUUUACAUGACAGAGUGAUGUUUGUUUUUCAGUUGUGUUUCUCUACUUUCAGUUCUCUUUGCCUUCCUAGUUAUUUCUGGUACUUUGCUUUCUUGGCUGUAACUGAAGACUGAAUUGUUAUUAAUUGGAACUCUGUCUUGUAACCCUGGUGGUCUACAGAGUUUGAGCUCACAGCCUAUUGUUUUAAAUAACUGUGCAUACAUCUUUUUUUUUUCCAUUUACCUUCAUAUUACUUCAUAUUUAUCUCCAUCAAAUGUUGUUUGCCAUCUUAAUUGUUUGGGCACUGAUGUCACAUGAAGUCUUUUUGCCAGUCUUCUGUUUGUCUUUCUCUUUAUUUACAUGGAUAACUUAAGAAGGUUUGUCCCUUCAGCCCGUAUGACCUUCCAAAAUCAUAUAUUGAAUAUACUGUUCAUAUCCUGUAUAUUCAUAUGCAGAUCCUUAUGAAAUGAUAGGGGUGAAUUUUGUUACUGGAAAAAAUAAUUUUUUCCUCCAACCUUCUGUCCUCUGCCUCCCUAACAAAUUAUUUAUCCACCCAGGAAGUUUUCUCUUUGCCCUGUGGGUUACUUACUGUUUUAAGAGCUAACCUUGGACCUUGUGAAAUGCCUUGUCAAAAUCCAGGCCAUUAAACAGACCUCUUUUGUCUACAAGACUUCAAGGAGUUCCAGUAGGUUGGUGAGGCAAGACUUCUCAAAUCUGUUUUUGAUUUUGCACAGAAUUUCAGAUCCUUUGUUACAGUUUUUGCUAAUCUGCCUGGUAUUACUGUCUAUUUAAACAAUUAGCAUCAUUUUUAUCACAUCUUGGUUAUGUGGCAAUUUAAACAACCACCUGUGCUCUGUACACAGCAGUUCAGCUGCUUAAUUCUUGUGCUUCUUUAGGACAUCUGGCUUAGAAAAUUACUGUUUCUUGCUUUGUGUAUUUGUUUCAUGUUCUGUUUUACUAGUACCUCAGGUUAAGAUAUCUUAGACUCCCAGAUAAAGAAAGCUUCUGAAAUGGGAACCUUCCCAAGUUUUUCCAGGGUGAAUACCAUUUGUUUUUCUGAUGUUGAGGUUACUUCUCUAGCUCAUUACGGUCUCAUUGAUUGACAUCAUAUCAUUUGUAACAGGCUGCCUCUUGUGGUAUGUUUGAAAAGUAGUAUAUGAAAUUUUUAUCAUUUUUGCAUGGUCCACAAUCACUCAUUUCUCUACAGCUCUUUCUAGGAGCCUGUCUGGACACCAUUAGCAAGAAAGCCACAUCAUGAUUUGCCUUUCUAGAAAGCUAGCUGUAGCUCACAGGAUGAUGGAAACAUCCUGCUCUUCCAGCUGUGUUGGUACCACUGUUUUCCACACUAUCCCUGUGAUUUCCUCAAGAUUUUCAGUCAUUUUAAAAGCUUAGUACCUAAACCAGAGUGGCUGUCAGUGUAGCUCUGGUUUUAUGAAGUUUCCAGCCUGUAGGGGUGUAAAGAAGAAAGUGAAAUACAGUCCGAAUAUAUCCAUAAGAUUCAGAAAUGAAGAAGCAGGGGGGGAAGAAACUUAAUCCUCACCUUCCCGAAAUGUAGCUUAUAAUUUUGGGAGGUCUGGAGGCUGAUUACCAACACCAAGCCUGCAAAUGUUUACAGCUUCCUACACCCUUCCUCAUCCCUAGCUCCAGUGUCCUCUUAGCUUUAGUUCUGCCCAAAAUGCCACAGUCCACACUGCUCAGGCUUAGUUCCUCCCCUGCUACCCCUGAGUCAGGAGCUGUUGCUGCUCGUCAAAUCUGGUAGGAGAUUGGAAGGCAGCAGAAAGAGAUAUGCAUCUGGAUGGGUGUUUGUGGAAUGGAAAAGAGAGCUCCAGUGAUUACCUACAUUCGCCCUUCUUGGGAAAUCAGUAGAAAGAAAAUGAGGAGAGGCAAAAUAAAUAAAAGCAAGAUGAUCAGAAGUAGAGGACUGAUGGUAUAACUAAUUUCACACAACAGGCUUGUUCAGGAAGUUUUUUUGGCAGUUCAGAAUUAGUUGCUGACUUCUUUUAGCUUCUGGUUGAGCAUCUCCUGCUGAGAUCGUUGCUUCUGAGCUCUUUGUGUUAUUUAUUACAAGAGCUCAUAGAAAAGUUGUUGAGUGUUUGGCAGGUGAGCUGUUUUAAGUUAUAAUAAAGCUCACAGUUGGGAGAAAGUUUUGUUUGUGCAUUAGUUGCUGUGUCAUCCGUGGGGCUGGGAGUGAGAUGAUUCUGUGUUGCAAAAAACAACAGGCUUCAAAAUACAAUUUGCUUUCUGUCAGAAGGAUACUGAGACUGCUUCCUCCCCACCCCGUGCCAGGGGUACCAGGUUAGGCUGUGGAAACUCCACAUUCCAGUCCUUUCCUGAUCUGCAUAAGGCAGAUGGCUGCUCUGAGUGCAGUGUAAAUAAUUCAGUGAUUACUGGACUUGUAAGCCAUUAGGCUCAGAGGUGCCACAGUAUUCUGAACAGGUGAACUCGCAAUGGGGAGUGUUGCCUCCAUUUCUUUUUUUAAAUGAAAUGAAUCGGUCACUUUCAGAAAAUUCUGAUAAAAAUUGGUUCCUUCCAAGAGUGAAUGUUACUGCAAGUUUUGACACUGGUAGUUUUCAAGGAAAAAAAUGAUGGCUUGGAAAAUUACCAAUGCAUAGUAAUCACCUUGUCCUUGGUAAGAGAAACUACUAGGAAGAUACUGCUGCUUAAUAAUCCAGUGAACUGUGUCCAGAAAACACAGAAUUAGCUUACUGCUUCACCAUUUAGAGCAGAUGACCAGCCCAUGGAGGCAUAAGGCAAAAUGACUGCUCUGUGGAACAAAAUGGUCCUCCGUUGUCCGGAAUCUCAGCUUCAGUGAAACAGUAAGUGGCAGCAUAAGGUCCAAAUUUCUGAGGAACAGGAGUUGAGAAAUUUUAUCACCCUAGUAAAAGUUUCUACUUGUAGCUUGAGGUGACCUUUUUUGCUUACAUGGUUCUGGUUAAAAAAAAAAAAAAGAAAUUGACUUUUUGAAUGCUUAAUUGCUGGGACUAAUUGUUGAGUUUAUUUUGUGUGUAUGUGUCAAGACUCAUGCAGUCAUCAACUGAAUAACUAAGAGGUUGAACAGAUCUGGCAGUGGUCUGCAGGUUAAUUGAAAGAAAUGACACCAAAGGAGAGAGUGUUGCAUCUCAACACAAACUUGCUAAAUCAGAAAUGAAAAGCGAAAAAAAGUUCAUGUGGAUUCUAGGGGAAAAAAAAGAAGGAGCAAACCAACUGAAAUUAUUUCCUCCAGAAGAAUACAAAUAAAAUCCUAUAUGCUAAUUAUUAAUAGAUAUAUAAGGAAGUGUUAUGUGUUAGAUCUGUGAUAAAGAAAUGGAAACAUUUCAUGGAAGUUCUCUUGCUAAGUCUGUGGCUUGUAACAGAAUUUGCCAUUUCUGCAAAAAUGACAUGAAAAAUGCAAGAGAGCAUCCAAGGUUUAUACUCUGAAGGACACAAACCUCAUUAUGAAAAAAAACUCAUUAAGACUGGUUGGAGGUAAAGCUAACUGCUGGUUAGCUCAGUUUACCUUCUAAUACCAAGUUUAUUGAAAUGUUUGAAAGAAAAAUGUGAGCCUUGUCACUUGGUACAAGUGUCCAGCUUCUCUCUGCCAUCUAAAAAUAAUGCUUCUAACAGGUGGGAAUAAAAGCCAACAUCUGACAGGGGCAAUGAAAAAAGGCAGGAUUUGGAUAUUGAAAGAAUAAGGUGAAUAUUCUCCAGACAAAUGUUAAAUGAAGAGUAACUAUGCCUACAAUGAAAAAAAUAAUAUGAUGAAAUUCAGUCUAUAAUUUGUGGAAAUUCUGAUCUUCUGUUUCUCUUUACAUAUUAUAGUACGUUGCAUAUUGAUAGAUACUUGGACAUACAUAUCUGCAGAUAGUUGUUUUUAUAUUUACUUUCUACUUUGGGAUUCAGAGUCAAAAAAUAUCAAAUGGAAAUUAACCAGAGGAGGACGUUAGGGAUUGUAGAGUGGGAAGUAAAAAUAGGAGCAAAAUCAAUGUAGACUUGCAAAUAAAAAUCAUACAGGAUUCGGAUAGUCACUUGCUGGAAAAGUACACAUUAAAAAAAGAGGGAUAAUGGAAAGAUUUGUGGCAGUAGAUUACUUUUUCACACAUGAAUUUGACUUUUAAUACCUUCUCCAUACAGGAGAUAACUUCAGAUGGGUACAGUGAAUUACAGGGUCAAAUUGUUGGAUUCUGCUGUAACAAUUACAUUGGGAAAUGUGGGCCUGUUUCCAGUAGUUGUGGAAUUCCUCUCUUCUUUAAAGCUGUAAGUCUUGCUGGUGGAAAUUUUUCAACCUUUUUUUUUUUUUCUUUCUCUUUUAGCACCUGGCUGCUCUUUAAAACCACAAGAAGCUGUUUCUCCUAAAAGGUAGCAACCAGAGAUUUUUUUUCCUCAUGUUUAAGUUUGGCAUCUGACUGAGUAAAUCCAAGUGUACAAAUGAAAAUUUGUAAAGUUAGUCCUAACUACACCUGUGUACUACUUUCUGCAGUAGAAUACAAACCCCACAAACAAUCGAAGAAAAUCAGGAAGAGAUUGCUUUUAUAAUUCAGCCUAAGUGUUGAAUUGUUCAAGGCAUCAGUGGUCUGGAUUUGAGAAGAACCAAGUCAGAAGAGCAAGAAAAAUGAAUGAUGGUACAAGAAGAUGAAUGUUUCCAUUCUACUCGUGCCCAUAGAUGAACAACCCAUAGGAGACCUACAUGGGCACAGUCAAGAAGAACAAAAGCACAGGAAGCAUGGAAAUCACCACAAAUUAUGGCAGCUUCUACAUGAAGAAGUAUAUAAACUGAAUAUGCCUUUGUUGACUGGAUACAAAUAAAGGAGUCCAAACUGAAACUGCAAUGGUUUCAUGAGAAGGAAUAUAAAGGAAGAUUCAUGCUGCAUUCUUCUUUCACCAAAAUACACUUUAUCUAUUCAAUAUUAGGAGGUUAGAACAACAGUAAAAGUAAAUAUGAAAUACCUUUUUGUAAAAAUAGCACUUUAUUUGAGGAAAUGCAUAAUCUGUCACCAGUAUUUAAACAAAAAUAGUGUUAAAGUAUUUUAUAUUGCUGUUUAUUUUUUUUUUUUGAGAAUAAAACCAUUCUACUGA